AUGGGGAUGAGGAUGCUGCUGCCAAUCACUGUGGGGCUCACCCUCCUCGGUGGUGAGUAGAGACUUGGGUCGUGUGACUAGGAAAUCAUCCAAGGACGAAAGUCUGCAAAUAGGAGGACUGAAUGGGCAACCCACAAUUCAGCCAUGUGACCAGAUAACAAUCGGUAGCAGAUAAGAGUCACAUAGUUGGAGAGAUCUAUAGACAAUGUAUCCAUGCCUCUGAUGAGGUUUGCCACAAAUUUAGUGAAUUGUCAGGAGUACAGGCUUUGGAUAUGGGCUGGUUGUGGGCUUAGUGAUUGCAAAAUCUAGGCAGACCCUCAAAUCAUGUACUAGGAUGAACAUUCUUCAGGUGAUAUGCAAUGAAUUCUACUUGUUUUGUGAGCCCACCCGGAGUAGGAAUCACCACUUUAAAGGAUCACGGGGCUAAGAGUGUCUUAACCCCUACCCUGCCUGAGACAUUUGCGAGCUUCUGAAAGCCAGAGUAGAUGAUAACAGUAGACGGGCCAAAACACUUCAGUGUGUAGCGAUAUGUGUACCUGUGUGCAGGGCUGGAUUUAGGUUUGAUGAGGCCCUAAGCUGCUGAAGGUAAUGGGGCCCUUUAUAUGUCCAGCUGUCCUUUGUCACCAACAAAUGGUCUCUGUUUUUUGUGUUGAAUAUAUGCUAUAUGGUAAUUUAUGGACCUAAUAGGUAUCUAAAAUCAUUUGCACAUUUUGCCAUGCAACCAGUCCAUGCAGCAUGUAGGCACCCUAUAUAUAGAAAUGAGCAAACCAGUGAUAUUUUAGGGAGCAGGCGGGGCCCAUUACUUACAUCAUAGGAGCCUACACAACACAACACAAAACACUGUUGGUGAAUGUAGGUUUUAUUUUAUUUGUUUUGUAUCUUAUAUUUUGGAAAUGUACAUCCAGGUUUUGUUCCUUUAAAUUUUUUGGGGGUCCCCAAGAGAGUGGGGCCCUAAGCUACAGCUUGUUUAGCUUAUAUGUAAAUCCAGCAUUGCCUGUGUGCAUGCAAGGACGCUGAAUAUGAGGGUGUGAAUAAACAGAGUCAGAAUCGAAUGUACUAUUUCUUCAUCCUGAGCAAAAUCUGGGAUCCUGAGAAUUUAAUUAUUCCUCCCUGCUACUCUUUCCUUUUUUAAAAAGAGCAUGUUCCUAGCCAGUGGAAAGUAUGAGAUAUUAUUAUAGAAGAUAGUGUCAGUUUGAAGCUUCAGAAAGCAGAGGAUAUAUCUACACAGGAUUCCAGGUAGGCCCUCCUUGACAGAGGCCGGUCCCUUUACUGAAGGAAUGGCCUAGAGGGAAGCCCUCCCUUUGAAAGAGUCCCCUAUUUGAAGGGAUGACUAGUGUGAUAGGACUCAGCUACACAGCUGCAAAUAAAACGUUUUAAGUGUGUUGUAAAGCGCAUUAUACAAUGGUGGCACUAGAUGGCAAUGGUGAGUUAUGGCAAAUUCAAUAUAUUUUUCAAAACAUUUUUUUAAAGCAUUUUCACAUUAUUUAUAUGUGUGUAGAUUCCACCUCAGCCUCAUUUAAAGUUAAAGAGAUGCCUGAAGUAUCAGUAGCAGCAGUAGCAGUAGAUAAUAAAUGAAAUCCAGCAAGCAGGUUGUUAGGGGGCAGCGAGGCAAGUCUGGAUUCAGUCUCCCUUUCCCCAGAAAAACAGCUGAUGGCCAGAAUGAAAUCUUUUGAAAAAGAGCUAACUACACAUGCAUGAGAAGCCCAGAUAUUCCGCAUGAGCCAGGGGCUCAUGGGUCUGCCAGUAUCUUCUCUGGCACACAUGACCUCUGUCUAUGCCACCUCAAAUAUCCACAAUGCAUGAGAGAAGUGUUUGCUUUUCUCAAUCAGUUCCUGUUUGCUCUGGCUUAGCCUCUCCUGCUUUGAACACAACCCCUUAGGCAUGCCUACAUUUUGUUGGGUGUGAGGAUUGGACACUCGCCAUCUUUUCCCUGCUGAACAGAGGGAAGCAGCAAAGAAUGUCUCUCUGUGGGGCUGAUGUCACUGCUUCCCCCUCUGAUCUUUUGUGGUCCUGCCUCUUUUUCUGCUCUUCUAGAUCCAUUUUGUGUUAUGCCACCCUUUUGACAUCGAUUUUGUGAGGGGCACCCAUGGCACUUUCUAAAAUUUCCAAAAAUGCCUAUUGCACUGGGAAGUUGGAAACGUCUGACAUGGGGCUACUCUGCUAGAUAAUGUAAUAAGUAUUCUUAUUUCUGGGGUGUGUACAGAAAUUUUUUGAUGGGAUAACCCUUUGGUAAGGCACAUUGUCAAGACUUGCAGGCAUUACUUGGGCAUUUAGAUUCUUUUAUUGUCUUCCCAUAAAGUCCUUGUUCAAUUAAAGGAAAAACAAAAUAUUUAUUUCCCACCGUCAGAUAUUUUGGUGGGGGGAUUUUAUAGACCCUGUCAUAAUACCCAGACAUCAUAUUGUCCAACCUUUGGAGAUCCAAACCCACAGGUAUGUCUUCUGGGAUGUGCUCCUGGGCAAGUCAGGUGACCCACUCCUCGCUCCCCAUAUCUCACGAGGUGCCUAAAAACACACGAGAUUGCAGCCCCCAAAAAGUGCUUUCUGGGUUGCAGAAGGACAGUGGAAGAGCAUGCUUACUUUUCUUUCUUUUCUUCCAGGCUUCCAUGCCGUAAUGCCCACUGGCCGGGAGUUCAUCACAGCCUUCCUGCAAAACCAUAAGCUGGACUACUCUGAAGCUCAGUUCCAGCUCUAUGUUUCCGGCUACUCACCUUUUACCACCGUCACUAUCUCAGUCUACAAAUCUAAGUUCCACAGCCAAUUCCCCCUUGCCCGGGGUCAGACUGCAAAAGUGAAGAUACCAGCUUAUGCAGAGAUGGCCGGCACAGCUAAAUUCUGCUACACCGUCGUGGUGAAAGCUAACCAAGACAUCUCUGUGUUGGCCCUCAACUCCAAGAAGAAUACAGCCGACACCACCGUGAUCUACCCAGUCCACAGCCUAGGCUCUGAAUACUACAUCCUCACACCUCCUGGAGAGCUGUCCAAUUCAUACAAGGAGUUCUCCAUCAUUGCGUGGCAGGACCUCACUGCGGUGGAGAUCAAUCUCAAGGGCAGUGUGAGAUUCCAGGGGCGCAUCUACCCAGCAGGCAGCAAGCUGAAUGUCGUCCUUUCUCCAUACGAAGCCAUCCAGCUCCAGAGCCGCCAAGACCUCUCUGGCACCCUUGUAAAAUCAGCACGGCCAGUGGCAGUGCUGAGUGGGCACACCUGCGCCAAUAUGAACACCAAUUGCAACCAUGUGGUGGAGCAGCUUCUGCCAGUGUCUAGCUGGGGCCGGGCCUUCUUUCUCCUCCCACUCUCUUUCCAGACAAAGUACGACCUUGCAUACAUAGUGGCGUCCCAACCCACCACAGUCACCUGUGUCUCUGGUGGGAUCCAUACGAACUACAACCUUGUGGCCGGGCAGGUGCUUCAGCUGAAAGUCUCACGUUCGGGUCCCAUUUACAUCACAGCCAACGUGGGCAUCCAGGUCUUCUUCUUUUGCACCGGUGGUACCCAUUCUGGCCUGACCUUCGACCCCUUCCUCCUCAGUAUCCCUGACGUGUUCAGCUACUGUACAUCUUACACCCUCGGGGGCCUGGAGGACUUUGACAAUUCUGCGUUCAUCGUUGCUAAGACCGCUGCUGCUUCUGGGAUCACCAUGGAUGGUCGUGCGUUGAGUGGCACCUCUUGGAGACAGAUUCCAGGAACAGAAUACUCCUGGAGCGAGUACAGUCUGGGGAAGAAAGAAAGCACCCAUUCCAUGACACAUCCCAGCAUCCCCUUUGCCCUGCUAAGUUUUGGCAUUGCCAGCAGGAAUGCCUAUGGUGCAUUGGCACUCUGCCAUCGUGGUGAGUUGUGGGGCUUGUUGAGGUGGGAGAUCAAGGUGCUGAAUUUCCAUUGAGCAAAGGAUGAUCAGCAUUGCAGGGUCCGAAUCCCUGCUCAGCAAUGGAACUCAAUGCAUGAUCUUGGGCCAAUCUUUCUCUUUCAGUGUAACCAACCUCACAGGGCUCUUGAGGAAAUAAAUUGGGCUUCCCUCCUUGUGCAUAGCUUCUUGGAGAAAGGGUUGGAUACAAAGAUAGUCUCCAGUUCAUGGGAACAUAGGAAUAUAGGACCUGCCUUAGAAUCAUAGAUUUGUAGAGCUGGAAGUAUCACCUAGUCCAACCCCCUGCAAUGCAGGAAUCUCAACUAAGGCAUGUGUGACACAUGGCCAUACAACCUCUGUUUGAAAACCUUGCAUGUAGGAGAGGUCACCACCUUCCAAAGCAGUCUGUUCCUUAUACUGAGUCAGACCACUGGUCUACCUAGCUCAGUACUGUCAACACUGAUGGUCAGUGGAUCAUCUGCCAUAGCAGUUUCUCCCUCCCCUCCCCCCCUCCCCAGUCUUACAUAGUCUUUCUGGAUUGCCCACAUGGCAAGAAGAGAGAGUGUGCAAUCAGGACUGAGUAGCUGACAGUCUUAGUCAUAUACAACUCUCUCGUGGCUUUUCUGCCUGGAAACACAUGGGAGGGACCUCUUGCCACAGCAACACAUUUGGACUGGGAUUGGCUGAGUGGAGCAGAGCGCUGGCCAGAUAAGAGAAGAUGGACAGAAAUGUCACCAGGAGCGUCUCUAAAUUCAAAUGUUAGUAGAAAAUGUGUGCAAGGCAGGAAAGCAUGUGUAGCUUUGAGAUUUUGGGGGGAAAUCCUUAAAAAAAAAAAUUCAUUGAAAUUCUCCUUGGGAGGCCUUUGCCCUAUAGCCUCAAGUGCAAGAGCCUUUGCUGUGUGCAGUGCCUAUAUAGCUGUGCAUGCCUAGGUAAGCAGCCCUUUGCAGAUGUUGCCUUGAGCAUGUGCACAUCUAGAGGAUUUAGUUAGCAGCAUGCAUAAUGUUGAGGGCCUGAAACAUUGGCAUGGACCCACCAACCUUCAUCUCCAAGUGUUUGGCAUGUAUAUGGAGAAGGUCAGACAAUGAGAGGAUAGCUUAAGUAUUGCUAUCAGAACUUUAUCAUUUAACUUGUCGGACGUGUUGGGCUAUACAGGGGGAAAAGCUGGCUUCCUCCAUCCCUCAAUCUAUUGCUCUGAUUGUGUCGAAGGCCACCCAUUCGACCUCUCCUCUCUCUCUCUUCUUGUGCCCAUUCUCUUCCUCUCUUCCCCACUCUUAUACUAACCCCUCUUCUUUUCUCACCAGCCUCUCAGCCUGUCCCCCAACCAUCCUGCAGUUCCACCAAGUGCCGGAAGAAGGAGACUUGCCAGAUCAGGAACGGCCAGCCUGUAUGUGUGGCACAGUCUACUGCCACCUGCUGGUCUCUGGGUGACCCCCAUUACCGUACUUUUGACAAGCAGAAAUACAACUUCAUGGGCACCUGCACCUACACACUGGCCAAGACCUGUGGAUCGGACACGACACUCCCAGCUUUCCACAUCACAGCCAAAAAUGAGAACCAAGGCAGACGGAGCGUGUCCUUCAUAGGGUUUGUGACAGUCCAGGUCUAUGGAUACCACAUAAGUGUGGCCAGAAAGGAGUAUGGCAUAGUCAGGGUAAGAACAAUAGCAUUCCAUUGUCUUAACUGCAUGAACCAGGGCCCAUAUGAGGCUAGGGAUGAAUGGGUCAGUCAACUUCCAUUCUGUGUCACUUUUGCAUGUGCUAAUUACACUGAGGACUGAUCAUCCUAUUAGGACUAUCCCUCCUGAUAUUUCUGAAUGGGCAUGUGUAGUUCUAUUUUAAAUAGUUUAUUGUGGCACACCACGACUUGGAUUGCAUACGUUGGGUGCCACAUUGGGUGUGGCUAGUCCUGUUUCACAGCAGGUAGUUGGAACAACUCCCAACUCUAUCACCCUACACUAGGGGCUUCCAUAAUGCAUAUCUAACAGUAACAUAUUCUGUACCAGGUGAAUAACCAACGCUCCCAGCUGCCCAUCUCCCUGCAAGAGGGGAAGCUGCGUCUAUACCAGAGCGGGACCUCUGUCUUCAUCGAGACUGACUUCUCACUGAAGGUUUCCUAUGACUGGAACAACCGCCUCUGGGUGAAGAUUCCCAGCAGCUUCUUUGAGAACGUUUGCGGCUUGUGCGGUAACUACAAUGGUGACCCUACUGAUGACUUCAAGACCUCGGCUGGGUCCUUGGCCCCCAGCCCUGUGGAGUUUGGGAAGAGCUGGAAAGUGGACGAUGGCAACAAGCUCUGCUGGGAUGACUGCCAUGGAGAAUGCAAGAAGGUCACCUUGGAGCUGCUCAUCAAAUACAAAGUGGAGACUUUCUGUGGCUGGAUCAGCAAACGGGAGGGCGGCCCGUUCAGCCAGUGCCACUCUGUCAUUGACCCCGAAAUCUUUGUGGAAAACUGUGCCUAUGACCUCUAUAUCUACGAAGGCCACCGAGAGACUUUGUGCCAAGCACUGCAGAGCUAUGCCGAUGCCUGCCAGAGGGAAGGCGUAACCCUGUUGGACUGGAGAAGACUCACGGGCUGCUGUGAGUAGAAUUAAUUGCUUAUGACAGGGGUCCCCAAGCUCCUUUGGGCCCAGGAUCACAUUUGGAAAUAUAAGAAACUGUUGUGGGCAACGCAAAUUGCCCGUUUCCCAGAAGAAAAAUUGGUGGUGCUCAUAAUGCUUUCCUUCCCAAAAAUUCAAAACACUUAUACAUUGCUCAAAACAAAUAAAACACAGGAGGCAACUGUAUUAAGUAACACUGUAAAUUAAAUAACAAACAAUUUGCCUCUAUUUCACAACACCCAGCCUCAGCAGCUUGGGGCAUCCAUCUCAAUCUACCUAAAGGCUGUCUUACCAUUGGUGCUGGGAGUAAUGGGUGUGCAAUCUCUCUGAUAAUAAAUCCCAAUGAAAAAGAAAGGGAUUGUGGAUAAUUGUGCCCUCAUUCUUCUCUGUCUCUCUCUUUUGCAGUGCUCUCCUGCCCUGAGAACAGCCAGUACAAGCUCUGCGGCUCAGCCUGCCCAGCCACUUGCAACGACCAAGCUCUUCCUUCCAACUGCUCUUCAUCACGCUGCGUGGAAACUUGUCAGUGCAAUGAGGGUUUUGUGCUGGAAGCUGGGAAGUGUAUCCCCAAGGCAGCUUGCGGUUGUGCCUUCGAAGGGAAGCUCUUUUCUCCCGGCGAGCAGUUCUGGGGAGACAGCACAUGCACAAAGCGCUGCAUCUGUGACCCGCAGAGCAAGCAGAUGAAAUGCCAACCUGCCAGCUGCAAGGCUGGAGAGCAGUGCAGGGUGGAGAAUGGCCUCCAGAACUGCUACCCAACUGGUUACGCCACCUGUUCUGCAGCCGGUUACUCUCAUUACCACGGUUUUGACGGUCAGAGUUUUAACUUCCAGGGCACCUGCCUCUACACAUUUGCAGGACUCAGCCAGAAGCACAACGACUUGGUGGAUUUCCAAGUCUUAGUCCAGAACUCGGGCCAGGGCAGCUGGUCUACAUCCCUCAACAAACUGGUCAAGGUUCAAGUCUAUGGCCUGGAGAUAACAGUCAGCUGGGCUCAUCAUGGAAGAGUUCUGGUGAGUCUAAAUGAGGUCUCCUUUGGGGAGCGAGUCUGUUAAAAUCCUGCACACAUCUAUGGAGCACAUAUGUGCGUGCCCCGUCCCCAUUCCACCCUGUUCCACCCUCCGUUCCACCCUCGUUCUGCCUUCUUCUGGGUCCAAAAGAACCCACAUGUCAGCAAUCGCACGUAAAUUGUACGCACCAAAAAUGUCUUUGCUAAGCCAUCGUUUGGCAUAGCUCAAAGCCAUAGCACCAGAUUUUGAGCAUGAUCUUCCCCACUCACCCUUCCCACUUUAUCUCUCCUCCCAGGUGAAUGGCUUGCUGACCAACUUGCCCUACAGGAUGGGCCUGGACCAAGUCCUCAUCUAUCAGAAGGGCUGGGAUGUUGUGAUCCAAACAGAUUUCGGCCUCACCAUCAACUCUGACUGGCAAAGCCGCCUCACAGUCACUGUGCCAAAGUCCUACGAAGGGGCCCUUGGCGGUCUCUGUGGCAACUUCAACAGCAACAAACAAGAUGACUUGGCAUCCAGUGACGCAGCCUCAGUUUCGACAGCCUUGGGACAGCGCUGGAAGGUGGCUGAGGCCCUUGGAUGCAGAGAAGUGAGCCCCAGGGUAUGUUCGGACUUGGAAAACAUUGCCCAGCGCCAGCGAGGCGUCAGUGCAGAAUGUGGACUCCUGGUGGACAAGAGUGGCCCGUUUAGGGAGUGCCAUGGCAGAAUUGACCCUGAGGUGUUUUUCCUGGACUGUGUUUUUGACUACUGCACCUUUAAUGGUCAGAAGGCUGUGCUGGGCCAUGUCAUUGCUGCUUACACUGCAGCCUGCCAAGCCAUACAGGUGACCAUAUAUAUCUGGAGGAUCCACAUAUUCUGGAGUAAGUAUGAUCCAGUUUGCUCCAGUUGUGAAGAGGGUGGAGGUCCCUAGGGCAGUUUUGUUUUUUUUUAAGCUUGGGCCCCUCAGUAUUGCUGGAUUGUGUAGAAUGGGGUUCCUUUAGAAGGUGCAAGGCAAGUUAUAUGGCAUAAAGGAUAGGAGUGAUAAAGAUUUGAUCCAGUUCUCAUCGGACGGCGAAAUUACACAAUUCACGCUUUCCAAAGCAAUGGGUGAACCAAAAGGCAGCCACCCCUCAAAAUCUACACUUUUCCAAAUUCCACAGUGCAUUUCUCCAGCCAAGUAAUGUGCUCCAAAAAUGCAUAUUAGGUACGGUAAAGGAUAACAAAUGAAUAUAUCAAUGACAAUAACACAGGGAAAAAAGAUGCUGUAAAAGGGAAAGUUGCGUUAAAAUAUAUAAGGAGAAAAUUGCUCUAAAAUGCUGAAGAAUGUUUAUGGGAACAUUUGGGCAUUGUUUUCUAAGGGGGGGAGGUGCAAACUGAUGUGGAAAUAUGGAGAACUGGGUUUAACAUUGAGAAACCAGAACUAGCAGAUUUCCCUGUCCCUACACAUUGCUCUUUCCUCCCAUGUCUCGUUCCUCUCCACCUCCCAGCAUCUGCCUGCUGAGGUGGCCCUCAGCCCUGGUUCCAACCCUUCCAUUUCCUCUUCACUCUCUCACAGUUUUCCACAUCUGUAACAGGCAGCCAAUAAUCUGUGGCCCCCUGAGUGUGCUCUGUCUCCAUUGGGCUGUUUAGGGCAGGUGGGUUGCUCCUUAAGGUUCUCCUGAGCCUGCUGACAUCUCCCUUUCCUGUAUGGGUGGGUGAUGCAGCUUUGGCUACAUAAGCAACAGCACUCACAUCCCGAACAUUGGAAACAGGGGGAGCAACGCUGUCACAACAGCCUGGGUUUAUGUUAGUCUCCGGUGUAGUAAUGGAAAUAGAAGAGUUCGUGAUAUUGAUGGGAAAUGCAUUUUCUAACCCUCCCAUUCCAGAGCCGGUCUGUCCCCGAAACAGCCACUACGAGCUCUGUGCCAGGAGCUGCCAACAGACCUGCAGCAGCCUCUACUCCCCUCUGCCUUGCUCAGCACACUGUGCAGAAGGCUGUGUCUGUGAUGAAGGCUUUGUGCUCAGCGGCGACCGCUGCGUCCCCAUGUCUCAGUGUGGCUGCGUCUACCAGGAGCGGUACUAUACAGCUGGGCAAACCUUCUACCCAACCAGCAAGUGCAAUGUGGAGUGUGUGUGCCAGGCUGGUGGAGCGGUUGCCUGCAAGGAAACCUCUUGUGGCCCUGGUGAGGAGUGUAGGGCAGUGGACGGCGUCCAUAAAUGCCACCCCGUUGGCUCAGCCACUUGCUCAGUCUCUGGCGAUCCCCAUUACAUCUCCUUCGAUGGAGUACGCUUCAACUUCCAGGGCACCUGCACCUAUGUCCUUGCUAAGGCUGCCAUCACAGACAAGAAGAACUUGAAGGCUUUCACCAUCACAGAAGAAAAUGAGGCCUGGGGGAGCAGAAAAGCCUCGGUCACCAAGAUGGUCUCUGUGGAAGUCUAUGGCACCACACUUACUUUGAUCCAGAACAAGAAGGGACAGAUCAAGGUAGGUGUUUGCAUGCUGCCCAUGCUCUUAUCCAAGAAGCUCUGGGCAGUGCACAUAUGUCUCCAUUUUAACUCCAAGGGUCUUCUUCUUUGGCAAUCACUCAUAACUGAGUAAGGUUGUCUUCCAUAAACACGGUUUUAAAAAUGAGUCCGUAAGUUACUGUGGAAGCCAAUACUGGAUCCACACAUCAUUCCACAGUGGGGACACUGGUUUCCGGGCAGGAGUUGAUCACGGUGAGGGUUUGCCAACUGUGCCUUCCUCGUACCAUGUUUCUCCCUUUCAUCCUGAGUUCAAGCGUCUUCAAAGUCCAUGGCACCAGUAAAGGCUGUUCUCCAACUGGAGUGCUCGCAGGCCAGUGUGUCCCAGUUGUUGGUGUUUAUACUACAUUUGUUUAGAUUUGCCAAACUCCAAGGGUGGGGAUGCCUAAUUAGGCAGACCAGGCUAUUUUGGCCAAUCACAUCCACCUGCUCGUUACAUUCACCCAGGGCUUUUUUCCUGUCGGAACUUGCUGGAACUCAGUUCUGGCACCUCUCAGGUGGGCGCCAUUGCUAUUAUAAGAGAACAAGGGAGAUAUUCAUGGUGAGUUCCGGCACCUCUUUUUCUAGAAAAAUAGCACUGCCUACACCUGAUGCUGUAUAUGCAUUUGGGGUAUUUCUGAGCCAAGAAUUGCAUCACCAAAUUCAGAGAUGUGUGAGAGCUGACAGAUAACUGUGUUCUGAUCCAGGUAUUUGUCCAGACAGUGCACAUCGGAUGGAGUUUGCCAUCUACAGUUCAUUUUAUACAGCUAAUUAUAAGGAAUUAUAUCUAACACUCACACACAUGUGUAUGUUUAAAAUUAGGGUCACAACUAUCCUCUCUGAAUUUUUAAUUGUGUCAUUUUCGGUUUCACUUGGCAAUUUUAUCUCCUCGGUGGUGCUAACAUAUAUUUGCACUUUUGUACACAAAGUGCAAUGGCCAGGAGCUCAUGCAAACAUAGCUAACUGUAUAUAUUAUCUCCUGCACAUCUUAAGUCAAUUAAACAUUAAUAAAGCUAUUGCUUAAGCCAAUGAAAAGUUACAGCCCUAUCAUUUCAAUGGAAAAUUCAGCUGCUACGUUUGAACAUGAGAUCUGCUUCACUGAAUAAAUCCAGACUUGGGAGAGAAAGACCAGUGCUUUAAUCAUGGCUCUAGUUCUACAUUAGCAUAUCCCAAGAAGACCACAGAUGCAUUUGACCUUGGUUAGGCCAAAGGAAGCUGCCUUAUACUGAGUAAAACUUUUGGUCCAUCCAGCUCAGUAUUAUUUGCUCUGCAAUGACAUGGAGCAGCUAUCCAGCAUUUCAGAAAGGUUGUUUCUCCCUGCUCUACCUGGAGAUGCUGGGGAAUGAACCUGGGACCUUUUACACGCAAAUCAUGGACACUGCCACUAAGCUGUGGUCCUGUAGUUUUUGUGCUGAAGGGGUUGCACUACUCAAAAAUAACCAGUGAUGAGUUUCUUAAGCACAAGAGCCACCAAUUCAGCAACUCCGAGAUGGGGCUGCUAUAAUACAAUAUGUCUUCCUUAGUGUCCAGGAAGUAUGACUUUCUGCCAAGUUCCAAUAAUACAAUUUGCACACUAGAUUUGCAUGUGAAUGGAUCCUUGUGAGUGGAUAUGUUUGCAUAUAUCUAUACACAAGAAUCUGCUUUCCAACAGAUCUUAAAGAUAACUUUGCUCAUGAGCUUGUUACCUGCUGAACCAUUCACAAGGUGCCCCUGUGCAUGUCAACUUGGGUGGAGUUCAACAAUACUUGUGAGAGAAGGGCCUAUUGCUGGAGGGUCAAAGAUCCCUGAGACCAGUUUUGUGUCCUUUGAACAUCUGCCCUUAGAGUCAGCAUGUCCCCUUCUUCCAGGUGAACGGAGUGAUUCAUUCCCUACCCGUUGAAUUUUCUGGUGGACGUCUCAGAGCUUAUCAGCAUGGCACUAAAGUCCUGAUAGAAACCGACUUUGGUCUCAUUGUGAGCUAUGACCUGGUUUACCGUGUGACAAUCACCGUCCCAGGAAGCUACCGGAACCAAAUGCAAGGCCUGUGUGGGAACUACAACGGGAAGAAGGAAGACGACUUCCUGCUCCCUGAUGGCAAGACAACCUCUGGUGUAGCUAAAUUUGGUGCUGCCUGGAAGGUUCCAGUCCCUGGGGCAGUUGGACCUUGCUCAGAUGGAUGCUCUGGGAGCAGCUGCCCAGUCUGCGAGAAAAAGAAGGAGGAGGUUUUCAAGCAGCGCCAUUACUGCGGGAUCCUCACUGUGCCGGACGGCCCCUUUAGUGCUUGCCAUGCAAAGGUGGACCCCAGUGUGUACUUCAGCGACUGCAUCUAUGAUGUGUGCCUGGGCAAUGGGGACAGCGAGGCCUUGUGUCAGAAUAUCCAGAGCUACACGUCUGCCUGCCAAGAAGCCGGGAUCCCCGUCCAGACCUGGAGGAGUCCAUCCUUCUGUCGUGAGUACUGAGAACUAUGGGUAGUAUUAUUAUAAUAAAUAUCUUUUUUUUAAAAAAAUUGUCAUGUACCAUGUACUCUCUCUGUUGCAGCUCUCAGCUGCCCUCCAAACAGCCAGUAUUCACUCUGUGCUGAUCUCUGCUCCACUCACUGUGCUGGGAUCACCGACUCCAGAAUAUGCCCCGGGACGUGUGCGGAGGGCUGCCAGUGUGAUGACGGGUUCUUCUUUGAUGGCCUUGGCUGCGUCACGGUGGAGACCUGCGGGUGCAAUGACAAUGGAACAUAUUAUAAGGUGCUUUCCCCUAAAGGAGAUAGUGUUGCAUUGCUUUGAACAAGUGCAAGGUAGGAAGUUCCCUCUUCAGCUGUUUAAAGGGCUAUUAAACCAGGAGUGGAGAACCUUAGCACUAGGGGCUAAAUGUGGCCCUCCAGGCUUCUCUAUCUGCCCCUCUGGACUAUAUCCAGGACACUCUCCCCUCCGCAGGCCACACCCCCUCACUGGCCCUGCUUCAUGCCUUCCUUGAGUGUUUUUACCUGGCUAGAAUGUGUCCUUGAACUCAUAAUGCCUCUUUCUUGUCUGGAUGGAGGAUAGAAAGGAAUGUGUGAGCGUGUGUGGGAACUAGACUACUGUACAAAGGUGAAAUUAGUUUAUAUUUAAAUUCCACCCACUUUUGCCCGGGCCCAGUCCACCUCUGGCAUGUGACCCUCAGAACAUUGCCCAGAAGGGAAUGUGGCCCUCAGAGGUUCAUUCUGAUGAGCCACAUUUAUUUUCUGUUGCUCUGGAGGGCUGAACACAAACCAGUAGGUUCAAUUUCCGAGAGAAAAAAUGAUGUAGCCUAAACAUUUGGAAGAACAUGAUGAUGGCACAAAGGUAGGGGUUGCUCCUUCAUUAGAGGUUUUUAAGCAGAGUCUGGAUGGCCACCUAUCAGGGAGGCUGUAGCAAUGAAUUUCCUGCCUUGGCUGGCGCUGGUCUGUGACCGUAUUAAUAAAUUCAUUCAUUCAUUCAUUCAUUCCUGCCUUGGCAGGGAGUUGAACUAGGUGACCUAUGAGGUACCUUCCAGUUGUAUGACUGAGCCUAUCCCAGUUUUGUAUUCUUCAUGCAGUGGCUAUCCAAGGUCUUGUAUCACACAAGCACCAGGCAUUGGCAAACAGUAAACAGAACUCAGUAGUAGUAGUAGUAGUAGUAGUAGUAGUGGUGGUAAUAAUAAUAAUAAUAGUUUAUUUAUACCCCACCCAUCUGGCUGGGUUUCCCCAGCCACUCUGGGCAGCUCACAACAGAAUAUUAAAAAUACGACAAAACAUCAAACAUUAAAAACUUCCCAAUACAAGGCUGCCUCCAGGUGUCUUCUAAAAGUUAGAUAGUUGUUUAUUUCCUUGACAUCUGAUGGGAGGGUGUUCCACAGGGCAGGUGCCACUACCAAGGAGGCCCUCUGCCUGAUCCCUGUAACAUCACUUUUCACAGUGAGGGAACCGCCGGAAGGCCCGCAGAGCUGGACCUCAGUGUCUGGGCUGAAUGAUGAGGGUGGAGGUGCUCCUUCAGGUAUACUGGGCUGAGGCUAUUUAGUAGUUGGCCAGAUAUUCUCUUAUCUUCCAGAAGAAGGCAGACUCUAAGCUGCAAAUGGCCACAUUGGCACUGAGAUUGGGGAAAUAGCACCGCUUUAGGACUGCUACUAUUUUCUUGCAGGUUCCACUCAUGGGUGGUUCAUUUCUCCUCCACCACCACUGAAUCUCUGGCCCAAAAUCACCCAGUGAGCUUAUGACCAAGUGGAGGUUUGAACCCUGGUCUCCCAGGUCCUGGUCAAACACUCUAACCACUAUACCACACUAGCAGAUUGUACCCAUGAUAUAUCCAUGUAUGGGAGCCUAGAUUCUUGAGUUCUCUUUCUAGAAUGAUCUGGAAGAGGGGGAAGCGAUAUCGCAGGUAGAGCACAUAUGGUUUGGGAACCUGUUCCUCAGUCUGGCCUUCACGUAACUGAAAUAUGUGCUUACCAGUAAAGGCUAUGGUGGUUGGUCAUUUAAUGGUUUGCUUUCCCCUUGGCAAAUGCCCCGGCAGCCCCAUGAGAAGGUCCUGCUGAAUGAAUGCCAACAAAUCUGCAGCUGUGUCCCAGGCCGGGGAGUCACCUGUGAGUCACAUAGCUGCACCAGCGAUGAGGUCUGCGAGGUCCAGGAUGGGGUCAUGAGCUGCGUCAAUAAAGGUGAGAGGCUGGAUGCAUUUUCAGAAUGACAAUUUGAGGACCUGGCUGACCCAGGUCUCAACUAGGGAUGGGGUGGGGGGAGUCAAUAUAGUUUGCAUUUCAAGAUGAAACUACUUAAUCCACACAUCCUGAAACAAUAUGCAAACUGAAACAAAGACAUCCUUUCGUGUCCAGUCUUCUCUGAAUUUUGCAAUGCAGUCCUCCAGGGAAGCCAUUGUCAGCUUAGAAAUAUGCUGCUUUUCCACAAUUGUGCCCAAAGUGGUCCAAAAUGAACAACACUAAAUAUAACCAUUAAAAGUAAGCAUAUUAAGAACAAUUAAAAAUGGUCGUAAUAUCAAGAAGCACAGAGAAUGAGUGAAUAAUAAUAAUAUAAAUUAUGUGCAAUGGAAAGAAGUUAUCCUAGAUUUACAGUUUGAAUCUAGAAAUGUGUACGGAAUGCAUACAAAUAGGUAAAAAGUAUGUAAAAUGCAUGUAUAGUAGUGCAGAAAUAUUACACCGCAUGCAAAAAUAGUAGGGGAAAUGAUUUGCAAAAUAGUGCAUAUUAAGCAAACUUGCAUAAAUAGGUACAUACUGGGGAAAAUAUACACUAGCAUGCUGAUUUCAUGAGGGCUUCUUAAGAAAAAUCAUAAACUGAUGUGGAAAACAAGAUUGGAAAUACAGUGGUACCUUGGGUUAAGUACUUAAUUCGUUCCGGAGGUCCGUUCUUAACCUGAAACUGUUCUUAACCUGAAGCACCACUUUAGCUAAUGGGGCCUCUUGCUGCUGCCGUGCUGCCGGAGCCCGAUUUCUGUUCUUAUCCUGAAGCAGAGUUCUUAACCUGAAGCACUAUUUCUGGGUUAGCGGAGUGUGUAACCUGAAGCAUAUGUAACCUGAAGCGUAUGCAACCCGAGGUACCACUGUAUGAGAAAAUGAGAAAAACGGAAAUUGACAGAUCUGCCCCUCCCUAGUCUCAGCUCCCAACAGGACUGCUGCAUGCAGAGUAAUAAAUGUAGCACUUGUCUUGAUGAAGGCUGUGGUGAUGUACACACAGAGCAUCCAUUGGGGAGUUGCCAUUGAAUGCAUACCUUAAUGUGUUCUGGGAUUGCGUGUCUGUCUUUCACAUGUUUAUGCCCAUAGGGCACUGUUGUACAUGGAUUGCCUUUCAGAACAUCUGGCUCUGAUCAUAGAAAUUCUGGUUAACUUCUGGAGCAGUCCCAAAACACAACCAUCUGUACACAUAGACUCACAAGUCAUUGAAAUGGACCUGGGCUGUCACCAUAUGGCGUCAUGUGUUCAACGACCAUGGGGAGAUGUACACCUCUUUUGCCAAAGGCUUCCCAUGUGGGACCUCUGCUACUGCAUCGAGUCCACAAUGGUUCUUUUCUUUCAUUUUAGAUCCUUGCAAAGCCUUAAAGUGCCGGACCAAGGAGACGUGUAAGCUGGAGGAUGGCAGAGCAACAUGCGUCCCGAAUUACAACGAGACCUGCUGGGGCUGGGGAGACCCACACUACCACACUUUCGAUGGGAAGGACUUUGACUUCCAGGGUACCUGCACCUACACAAUUGCCAAGUAUUGCAGCAAUGACACCACCUUGGUGCCAUUCACGGUGGAGGCAAAGAAUGAUCACCGGGGGAGCCAGACCAUGUCCUACGUGAGACAGGCCAAUAUCUAUGUGUACGGGCACAGCAUCUCCAUCCGCAGGAAGGAAGCGGGCAGAAUCCGGGUGAGUCUUUGCAGCGGUGUCUUAGAAUUACAGAACUGUGGAGUUGAGAAGGAUCCCAAGGGGAAUCUACAUACAUCAGGACAUGCUACAGGGGAGAAAAGCCCUCUGGGGUGUUCCUGAUGGUGAACCUGAGAGACAGAUGUGAUCCUGCAGGCCUAUCCAUUGGGCCCUCUGGACUCUCCCCAGAACAUACACUUUCCCGGCGACACUUCCUUUUCCUUAGUCACACACACUAGUGUGGAAAUUUGGGGGCAUGAAAUUAUGCUGGGAAAAUGAGAAACGGGGAGAAACAAAAAACCGACAUGUCAGGGAACUGACAUCGGAGCUAGAGGUGGAGGGAAGGCUCUCAAAUGAUGCUGGAGAAGGGCCCAGCAGGGAGAGAGGCAGCUCAGCAGAUGGGGAAGCAAUUCAGCGCAACACCAGGAAUGAAGAGGGGCAGAUGGGGGAAUCGGCGAGAGGGCUCCCAGACUCUUCACCGGACACCAGCGGGGAGAGCACGGGUCCUCCGCUACCCACGCCCUCCCUGCGCAGAAGACUUCCGUGCAGAGAGAGUAGGAGGAGACUGGGUAUCAAACAACUUUUAUGUUGGAAAAGGUUUAAGAAACGCCCACUGGCCGGAGUCUGCUAGCGACUGAGGCAGCCACGAAGUGAAGGGCUGUCCAGACUGAAAGGUUUAACAAGGCAACAAAGCCAGGAGAGGCGGCAACUUACGCACGAGCAACCUAUACUCUUUACACAACAUGUUUGCCCAACCCUAGCGUGGAAAAAUAAAUGCUAUAGUCACUGAAUUUUACAUGAAUGUAUGAAUGAAUAAACUUCAUUUCUUAAAGUCAUAGAACAUCAUAAUAUAGAUACAGCAAACAAUCAUUUUGACAUAUUAAAUAAACAAAUAUAAAUGCAAAAAAAAUCUGAUUAUUAUUCAGUGCUUUGUUUUCUGGGCUACUCAAGGGUAUGCAGUACUGGCAGCUUUUUCCCCUCCCAAAUGUUAAAAUGUACUUACUGUAACAACUAUAUGGUGAGUACCGGCAACUUAAAAACAAACAAACCAACAAACCGUUGUUGUUGUUGUUGUUGUUACCUUUAUUUAGUUAUCACAUUUAUUUCCCUGGUCUCCCAGGUCCUAGAUAGUGACUUUAUUUUUGCCUACAAACAGGGUACAUAUCUGGUCCAGGAGGAAUGUUUUUGACAGGGACUGGAGAACAGUUAAGGGAUGUGUGUGCCAAGGAUGCUCAUGUAAAGGGUAGUUUUGCAGGCAGUGGGAGGCAGUGUCAACAUCCUAAGCUGGCAAUCGAGGGCGCUAUUUCAGAAACUAGUGUACUGACAACUUUCUCUCCCCUGCCUACAGCUGAACGGUAUCAUCACAAGCCUGCCUGUAACUUUGGAGGACGGGAAGCUGUGGCUCUUCCAGAGUGGCUUAAAUGCUGUGCUGCAAACCAACUUUGGCCUGGUGGUGACUUUCGACUGGAGCAUGAUCCUGGAGGUGACUUUGCCCAGCAGCUACUAUGGCACCAUCUGCGGCCUCUGUGGGAAUUUCAACCAAAACCCAGAUGACGAGAUGGUGACGCCCGCAGGCCACAAGCCUGCUUCUGAGGUGGAGUGGGCUAAGAGCUGGAAGGUGAACGACCGCGACCCUUUCUGCUGGGACGUCUGCGAUGGGAACUGCCCGACGUGUGAAGAGAGCCAACGGCAGCUCUUUGGAAGCGAGGAGUUCUGCGGGCUUCUCACCCAGCUGGGAGAGGGACCCUUCCGCGAAUGCCAUGACAAGCUGAGCCCCGACAACUUCUUUGACAGCUGCCUCUAUGACGUCUGCCUCAACCACGGGGCCAAAAACAUCCUGUGCAAAGCGCUGGAAGCUUAUGCUACUGACUGUCGCAAGGAAGGCGUGGUCAUCCACGAAUGGAGAGCACGGAGCGGCUGCGGUGAGAAUGAGUCAGGGAGGGAAGCAGCUCCCUUGCAUUGUGCUCCCAGUCCUCAAAUGCUGAUCCCCAACAAAGUUUCAUUGGUCCGGUUUGCUAAGCUAAACCAUGGCUAAGCAUGAAAGAACAAACGUGCAGGCUUGCAGUGUGUGUGUUGGGGGGAAUCAUGGCUGCUAUGUUCCCUGCACAGCCCUGCAGCUGCUGCCAUGCUGCCCAAGGCUCAGCCAUGGUUUGGUUUAGUGCUAAGUCUGAAUAAUAAUAAUAAUAAUAAUAAUAAUAAUAAUAAUAAUAAUAUAUUAUUUAUACCCCGCCCCUCUGGCUGGGUUUCCCCAGCCACUCUGGGCGGCUUCCAACAGAAUAUUAAAAUACAAUAGUCUAUUAAACAUUAAAAGCUUCCCUAAACAGGGCUGCCUUCAGAUGUCUUCUAAAAGUCUGGUAGUUGUUUUUCUCUUUGACAUCUGGUGGGAGGGCGUUCCACAGGGCAGGUGCCACUACUGAGAAGGCCCUCUGCCUGGUUCCCUGUAACUUGGCUUCUCGCAGCGAGGGAACCGCCAGAAGGCUUUCGGCACUGGACCUCAGUGUCCAGGCAGAACAAUGGGGGUGGAGACGCUCCUUCAGGUAUACUGAAUCUCUGCUCAUGCUUUGACUCAUGCGACUCAUGGUUUGCUCCAGGGAGAGGUAGGGGCUGCACAAAUUUCAUAUUGAAAUGCAUUUUUAAACAUACGUUUCAUUACAAAAUACAUAUUGAAAUGCAUAUAUUCUCAACAUAUGCAUUUAUAAACAUAUUGUACUCUAAUACAUCUGCAUUUUAAAACAAAUUUUGUUAAUUUUUUUUGAGCCGAAAACUAACUCAAAAUUUGAAGAUUGAAAUCUGAAGGGUCAUUUUGUUCUGCUCUGCAUGUAGUUAUGGCAGGAGUGGACCAGGUCAGUUUCUAAAGAAGUCACAGAAAUUGAAUCUCUGGAGCAUCACUGCUUGCCCCAUGAUGUAACUUAUAUGUGUUUAUUAAUUACAAUCAUUCAUAUACUGACUUUCUAGAGACAAAUCCUUCUAAGACGGCUUGCAGGCAACAUUAAUUUAAAAAAUAUAUAUAUUCAGAAACGCAAACAAUAUCAACAUAUUAAAAAGUCACCAGGAUCCUUUUCAAAGGAUAGUGGCUGGCAGAUGGCCCUAUACUGGGUGGGGGAAAGGACAGUCUAGCCAGAAGUCAUAUGUACCUUCCCUUUUUUUGCUCCUGAAAUUCUUCCCACAGGACCUAUAGUGAAUGCCAUGGUGGGGCAGUGGCACUCCCUUGACCUCCGGUUGGUUGCAUCAGUGCUGCUUACCAGGAAGAUGAGGGCAAGAAUGGAGGUGAUGAGGUCAGUGCAGUGCAAAAAUAAAAUAAAAUUGCACCACGGUGAUUUCACUCCCCAGCCUCAACCUCCCAGGAAACAGCAGAGAUGAAACUGACCAGGGGUCAGGUGUGAACCACAUCCACCACACCAUCCACUACUGCAGAAGACAGCUUGCCCUCUGGGGUGGAAGAGGUAGAGCAAAUGCUGAGAUGGCCUUUGCUUGCUUCCCCCUCUCUCCUCCAGUCCUUCCAACAGAGCAGUUUAUGACAGGUGGCUUUGUGGAAGUGUGCGGAGGGCGGAGGGGGUAGUCUACCUGGAGCAGGCCCUGGGGUGUCUUUGCCUGCCUCCUUGUCUCAUGUAAUCCUUCCCACUUGAUUGUGGAUGACAGAUCCUGUGCAGGUAGGGAGAGGAUAGACUUGCUGAAGCAGACCCUCAGGUGGUCUUUGUCUGUCCUCUCUCUCCUAUCCCUAGUGUCAGGCUUUGGAGAAAUGGCUUCCUCCCCGCCACCCUUUGGCCGUGCAUCGGCAGAAGAAAGCAAUUAGAGUCCCUUACCAGCUUGAGGUGAUGCAGGUGGCGCUGUGGUCUAAACCACAGAGCCUAGGGCUUGCCGAUCAGAAGGUCGGCAGUUCAAAUCCCCGCAACGGGUGAGCUCCCGUUGCUCAGUCCCUGCUCCUUCCAACCUAGCAGUUCAAAAGCACAUCAAAGUGCAAGUAGAUAAAUAGGUACCACUCCAGCAGGAAGGUAAAUGGCUUUUCCGUGCGCUGCUCUGGUUCGCCAGAAGCGGCUUAGUCAUGCUGGCCACAUGACCUGGAAGCUGUACACCGGCUCCCUUGGCCAAUAAAGCAAGAUGAGUGCCACAACCCCAGAGUCGGCCACGACUGGACAUAAUGGUCAGGGGUCCCUUUACCUUUGCCUUUACCAGUUUAAGACUGUUUUAAUGAUCACAGCAAAAGAACAACGCAGCCAUUCUCGGAGUAAAGGUGCUCCCAAUUAAGCUUCCCUCCUACUUCCCCCCAAGUUAUCUCUAUCACUUCCCCCUUCUGGCAACCUGUUCUCACAACCACUGAGCCUUCUGCAUAGCAACCUUAUCAGCUCUCCUUGCCCUUGGAGAUAAAGGUUGGACACUUUCUAGCGACGGGGAGUCAGUUAUCCCUCUCUCCUAGCUGUGCCCCACUCAGCUCUGCCCAGCUGUUGUUCUCCGAACUAUGUCCCUCUGCAAACCAAUUCUCUAAAUCUAUACUGCUCCACUGUUCCUGGGGAGCUUCUGUCAGGAGCAGCAAGAGGGGAAGGUUCCCACCAUUCCUCAUCAGAGCUGUAAUCCUCAGUCUGGUCUCUGACACCUAGGUUAGUCAGUGGUAGAUGGCCAUGAGGUGGUGGUGCUGGUACUUGAUCUCUCCUUUUGUUGCAAAGUCUUUGUUGCUUUGCCCUCUUUCAGCUUUGUCGUGCCCUGAGAAUAGCCACUAUGAGGCCUGUGGAAACGCCUGCCCAGCCAGCUGCUCUGACCGAUCUGCUCCUUCGAUGUGCGAUAAGCCCUGUGUGGAAACCUGCCAGUGUGACCAAGGCUACGUGCUCAGCACUGACAAGUGCGUCCCCGUGAAGAGCUGUGGCUGCACUCACAAUGGCCUCUACUACAAGCCAGAGGAGGAGUUCUGGGCCGAUGAAACCUGUGGCUCUCGCUGCAGGUGUGAUCCCAGCCUGGGCAUGGUGGUGUGCAGUCCAGCCAGCUGCAAAGCUAGCGAAAGGUGCAUGACGGUGGAUGGCAUCCGGGGCUGCCACCCCAUCAGCUAUGCCACUUGCACAGCAACUGGGGACCAUCACUACACCACUUUCGAUGGGAAGAGAUAUGACUUUUCAGGCACUUGCAUCUAUCAGCUGGCUGGGCUCUGCUCCAAGGACCCAACUCUCACUCCGUUCACCAUCUCUAUCCAGAACAGCCAAGGCAGUAAGACGAUGCCUUUCUCUUCUGUGGUUACCUUGGACAUUUACAACAGAACCAUUACGAUCAGCCAGGAGCAUCCUCACACAAUCAAGGUAUCGGGGACAUAGGGAGAAAAAUGGUAUGGGAUAGUGCAGACAUGGGGACCCUGUGGCCCUCCAGAUGCCACUGGGCUGCAAUUCCUUUAGAAAUUGAUUUAGGCACUAGGAGAAGAUAUAUUGUUUAGCUACUAUCUUUCCUUGCUCACGCGAGGGAGAUCAGCAGUGCACUAUCCUUUGCAGCUUAAACUUGGAAGCAAAGACAAGGUUGGUUUAACCUCCUCGAAACAAUGAUCCAGGAUGCUUUAAGGCAGACUGGAUUUUCCCUGGUAUUACCCCUUUUCUCCCCCUUAAAAAUAAUAGCUGCACAUAGACAUUGUUUUUGUGAAAAAGCAAAAGCAGUAUUUACUUACAUAUGUAAUCCAGGUCUUAAAGCAGCAGCUACAGUAGCAAAGUAAAGGCAGCAAUAAACAAAUGAAAUUGCCUCAAAUUAAAUCAGAUCAAUUGACCCAUUUAGCUCAGUACUGUUGAUACUGACUGGCAUCAGUGGCCUAGGUUUUCAGAAAAGUUUUCACACUCACCCUGCAAGUCACAUGGAGGUGUCAGGGAUUGAACCUAGGAUCAUCUACAUGCAAGACAGAUGUUCCACAAAACAGCUAAGGCCCUUCCCCCAAAGCAUAGGCUGUGACAUAUUUGGUUCAUUUAGAAGCACAGAAUUGUAAAGUUGGAAGAGACCACAAGGAUCAUGUAGUCCAAACGUCUUGCAAUGCAGGAAUCUUUUACCCAAUGUGGGGCUCAAACCCACAAUCCUGAGAUUAAGAGUCACAUUAUCUACUGACUGAGCUAUCCCUCGUGGACAAUAUUCCUGUAUCUAAACCUUAACAACCCUCACAACUCCACACAAUUACUCAUUGUCUCCCCUAUUCUCCAGUCAACAUAUGCAAUGGUUGUGGUAGUGAGAAGUGAAGCUCAACAACAUCUGAAGUGCCAUAGGUUCCUCCUUCCCAGCAAUAGACCUUUUAGUCAAGUUCUUAAUCCACCCUCCUCUAUCACCUUCUUUGGGUUGGUAGGCUAUGUUUUGGCACCUUGGCAACAUUUUCUCUGUCUCUCCUCUAGGUGGAUGGAGUAUUUGUGGAUCUGCCCUUCUACCACGAAGAUAAGGUGAAGGCCUACAUCAGCGGAGCCCAUGUCCUUAUAAUAACCAACUUUGAUCUUACCGUGACCUUCGGCUGGAACAGACUGGUCCACGUCACUGUUCCCAAGAGUUACCGCAAUGCGCUUUGUGGCCUCUGUGGCAAUGACAACCAGGACUCCAGUGAUGAUCUGAUUAUGAAGGGCGGAAGCCCAGCAGCCAAUGUCAACCAGUUUGCAGAGAGCUGGAAGAUAGACGAGAUCCCUGGUUGUGGGAAUGGAUGCACCAGUAACUGCCCUGCCUGUGAAGAAGCACAGAAACAAACCUACAAGGAGGACCAGUACUGCGGGAUCCUCAUCAGAAAGGAUGGGCCAUUCAAGCAGUGCAAUAAAGCUAUAGAUGCAACAGCCUACUUCGAGGAUUGUGUUGUCGAUGUCUGCCGAUACAAGGGCCACCACGAGACUCUCUGCAGUGCCAUCAGUGCUUACGUGACAGCCUGCCAAGCUCAAGGCAUCCAGAUCGGGCAAUGGCGAUCAGCCUCCUUCUGCAGUAAGUAUUGGAUCUGCUUCAACAGGGUAGCACUUAUCUAAAUUGGGCUACAGUGAUUUUUAAAAUUGCUGCUAGCAUGCAGAGUUUCUGCUGCGGUGCUUUGAUUGUUCUCAAGCUAACUUUUUAGACUAUCAUGGAGUGUGGUUGUAUUUAAUGGGGAAUCGUGCUUGGAAUAGACCCAAUGAAAUCAAUGGGCUUGUCAUAUUCAGAGUAGACCCGUUGGAAUUGAUGGGCUUAUAUAACUAGUUGAGUGGGUUAUAUCUAACUUACUAAGAGUAAAUCCAUUGUAAAUAAUGGAUCUGACAGGUUUGGGUUUAUUCAAAGUAGAACUGGCAUUGGGUACAACCCAUUGAUAUUAUUGAGUUUAUUCUGAGUAUGACUUAGUUCGAUACCACCUAAUAUUCUCAAAUAGCCUUUAGAUGGGUUAUUUACAUUAUUCUGAAGAACAUUUUCUAAAAAUGCCGUUUAUACAUUUACUAAAUUACUUAAAUUUGUGGGUGAAACAACCAGCCAAACCAUGGUUCCCAGCAACACUAGGAGCCAGUAAUAGGUGGGGCAAACAUAGAAUCAUAGAAUUGUAGUGUGUGAAGGAACAAGAAGAAGAAGAAGAGUUUGGAUUUGAUAUCCCGCCUUUCACUCCCUUUAAGGAGUCUCAAAGCGGCUAACAUUCUCCUUUCCCUUCCUCCCCCACAACAAACACUCUGUGAGGUGAGUGGGGCUGAGAGACUUCAAAGAAGUGUGACUGGCCCAAGGUCACCCAGCAGCUGCAUGUGGAGGAGCGGAGACGCGAACCCGGUUCCCCAAAUUACGAGUCCACCGCUCUUAACCACUACACCACACUGAACCCCAAGGUUCAUCUAUUCCAAGCCCCUGCAAUGCAGGAAUAAUACACUGCACAUACAUUUUAGCCUAAAAUCAGGUUGGCAGAGUUGGGAAGGGGAUUAUUAAAAUUAAACUAAUUCAAAUGAUUUUGUGUGUGUGCAUGACAGAACAGAAAGUCCUGGCUGAUUCCACCUGGCUAAGAUAACACCUAGCAUUGAUACCCCCCACCCCACCCCAUCAUUUCCUCCUCACCUGUUCAUGGUCUCUGAUGUUUCCUUUCAGGUCCUUCCUGCCCCCGUAACUCCCGCUAUGAUCUCUGUGGCAAUGGCUGCCCUGUCACCUGCCACGGCCUCUCUGCUCCAGAUGGGUGUCAAAUGUCCUGCAAAGAGGGCUGCUACUGCGAUGCUGGGUUUGUCCUGAGCGGAGACCGGUGCGUCCCUGUCGGGGACUGUGGCUGUGUGUACCAAGGCAGGUACUACAAGAAGGGAGACAGUUUUGUCCCCAGUGCCUCCUGCCAUGAAAGAUGCCGCUGCGGAGACAACGGAGCUGUGGCGUGUCAGAAGGUCUCCUGUGGGGCCCAAGAGGAGUGCAGGGUGGAGAACGGCAUCCAAGGCUGCCACUCCAUCAGCUGCGGCAAAUGCAGCGUGGCUGGAGGAACCCAGUAUCUUACCUUUGAUGGACAGACCUUCAACUUCUUCGGCUCCUGCACUUACACCUUGGCCAAAGUCUGCAGCAAGAAUCCCGAGCUUGCACACUUUUCGGUGGUGGUGGAGAACGAGGGGUCAGGCGACAGUGAAGUUGUGCCAAAGAUGGUUGUUGUCACUGUGCAUGGUUACGCCAUCAGUCUUGUGAAAGGAAUGACCUGGAAGGUUCUGGUAGGUGUCCUGUUCUGUUCAUCUGCUAGAAGUUGUCUCCUUCCUGUCCACAUACAAACUUCACAUAGAGACACUAUGUGAAAGUCUCCCACUUCCUUGCGGCGCUGUUACCUUUCCACUGUGCACUGCUGAUCUUCCAUCAUUAAUUUCCCCCAGGUCUGAAAGGUCUGUAGCCAAUUCCAAGAAAUAGUGGACAUAGGGAGCUGUCUUACACUGAGUCAGACCAUUGGUCUAUUUAGUUCAUUAUUGUCUACACCAGGCAUAGGCAAACUUGGCCCUCCAGAUGUUUUGGGACUACAACUCCCAUCAUCCCUAGCUAACAGGACCCCUAGUGGUCAGGCAUGAUGGGAACUGUAGUCUCAAACCAUCUGGAGGUCCAAGUUUGCCUAUGCCUGGUCUACACUGAUGGCCAACAGGUCUCAGUCUACCUCGAGAUUGAACCUGGGACCUUUUGCAUGCAAAGUAGAUGCUCUGCCACUGAGCUACUAUGGAGAACUUGUAUGGAAUAUCCACCAGGCUGGGCUGUCUCCAGGUUUGAGGGGGGCCUUGAACAAAGUUCCUUCUGGUUGGUCCCCUCCCCUAUAGGAAGGAGAAGCAGCAGACAGCAUCAUCCCAAGCACCAUCUGGUGUCUGGUUUUAGCUGCCCUUUAGAUUUCCCACAAUGCUUUGAAGUGACGCUAAGAUGGCAGUUCACACACCCAACUGCUCAGCACUGACUGGUGCACAGGAAUGCUUAAAAAAGGUGUCCCAAUGCAUGCACCAGUAGAUCUCAUGACCCCAACAUCUGCUGAAUACCUCAGAGUACUGAUCCUGGUCCUGCCACCAACUUAAAAGUUCAGCUUAUGAUUCUUAACUAUUUCUCCAACCAGCAUUGCAGGUUACAGCAGGAUAAGAGGAAGUGUGAGUGAAUCAGGCUUCCCAUUUCUGUAUUCUUGGUGUAUUUUAUUUAUUUAUUUAACAAUAUACCGCUUAAUCAACUAAAACCUCUAAGCGGUUUACGUAAUGCAAUAUUAAAUACCGAUUCAAAUCGAACAUUAGAGACAAAUGGGCAUAAAAUGUGUCAACAUACAGAUAAAAUCAGCAAUUUGAAAACAGAUGUACAUUUUAAAAAAUGCAUGUUUUAAAAAUUACGUGCCUGGGUAGACUUGGCUAAGCUGUUGAUUUAUGUAACAUGAUUUGUGUACUGCUCAGUUAUCAGAGCAGUCUACAUCAAACAAUGCAAAGCGUUCAUUGAGACAAAAUCAAAUGAAAUCAAAUGUCGACAUCAAAUUUAUCAAGGUACAAACAGAACCAGCAAUUUAAAAACAAUUACACAUUUGCAAAACGACAUGCUGCAAUGUACAAAGUGGUAACUACUGCUCAUGCAUCUCCUUAUUAGAUGUUCAAAUUUGUACAAAGAUGGAGGCCUGGGGCAGGAAGUUCCCACACUUUGACUGACUCAGUCGUGCUUCCCUCCCUGCUGUAUCCAGAAACACAUGAACUUGCACCAUUGUCUGUCUUCAUUCUAAUACAACGGCCCAUGUACUUUUCUUUUCUCUUCUGUCUGAUCUGCAUAGGUGGAUGGAGAGAUGCACGCCCUGCCACUGGUGAUAGACAGGAGAGACGUUUGGGUAAAUCAGGAGGGGAAGAAUAUUGUCCUGCAGACAGAUUUUGGCCUAAAGGUCCUCUAUGAUUCCUCCCAUUACAUUCUGGUAAAUGUUCCCAGCGUGUACCAAGGUCAGAUGUGUGGCCUUUGUGGCAACUUCAACAGUGACAGGAGCGACGAAUUCCAACUGCCCGAUGAGAAGAGCACUGGGAACGUGACAGAGUUUGGGGCAUCCUGGAAAGUAGAGCUCAAUAAUGCCGGCUGUUCAGAUGGCUGCAGGAAGAAAUGUCCCUUGUGUGAUGCUGCAGAGACAAAGCCGUACCAGGUCGAGAGCUCUUGUGGGCUGAUCCAAGCCGCGUCAGGCCCCUUCAGCGAUUGUCAUUCCCUGGUAAAGCCGACCGAGUACUAUAACCGUUGCCUCCAUGGCAUGUGUGCUGCCCAUGGGGCAAAGGACAUCCUCUGCCAGAGCCUCCAGGCCUACGUUGCUGUGUGCCAAGCAGCUGGAGCAAACAUCAAGGCGUGGAGGACAGCCUCCUUCUGCCGUAAGUGUAUAUGUGGAUCUGCUUCUCCAUUGGUGGUCAGCAUAUACUAUAGGCCUGCAGCGUUUUAUGGUUCCUCAGCUUUUUCUGCAGUUCUGGACCCAAAUGUAGGUCCACUCUCUGUUCACGCUCUCUGGGUUUUCCACCUCCCUCCUUCCUGACAGUCAGUGCUGUGCAGUGGUUAGAGCAUAGAACUAGGGCUGGAGAGGCACAGGCUCAUAUCCUAAUUCAGCAAAACAAACAAAGCUCAUGUACCAGCUUUGGGCCAAUCACUUUAUUUAACCCUCCAACCCCACACACUGCCCUUAGCCUUGUUUCCUGCCCUGUCUCUCUCUAGUGCCUAGGCAUGGAGGAGACAUUCAAUUCAGCUUGCAUUUAAAGGCAAAGCUACCUACUUCACACUUUCCAUUAACAGUGCACAAAUUGAAACAAACUUUGCUCUCCUCUGAAUUUUGCUAUGCGGUUCUCCAGCCAAGUAAUGUGGACAAAAAUACACAUACUGUUGUUGGGCAUGCAUUAAAAAUAAAUAAAUGCAUAUGUUGGCGGAAAAAGCAUCUUUAAAUGCACAGUACUACAGUAGUGCCUCGAGUUACAAAUUUCGUUCCGGGGGUCCGUUCUUAACCUGAAACUGUUCUUAACUAGAGGCGUGCUUUCCCUAAUGGGGCCUCUUGCUGCCGCUGCACCGCCGGCACAUGAUUUCCGUUCUCAUCCUGGGGCAAAGUUCUCAACUCAAGGUAACUCGUCCAGGUUAACGGAGUUUGUAACCUGAAGCAUUUGUAAGCUGAGGCAUUUGUAACUUGAGGUACCACUGUACUGUGGGAAAUUGCUUUGUGAAAGAAGAAAAAGUAGUACAUAUUUGGAGAAAUUUGCCUUAAAAUACUAAUGAAAUUUAACAGGAACUUUUUAAAAAAGAAAAGAAAAGUUCCAAAUUGAUAUGGAAAUGAGGAGAACUGAAUCUAAUAUGUGGGGGGGAGGGAUGACAAAUUGAGAGAAAUAGAUUGGCAGAUUUACCCAUCCCUACUAGUCUCCAGCCAGCUCAGCCAAUGGCAAAGGGGGUUUUCUGCUUGCUCCGUCCUUCACAGACAACAUUCUGACAGUUCAGCCAAUCAUUGUCAGCAGCUUCACUCCCACCAAAUCCCUUAGCAUACUAGAAUUUUUUUAAAAAAAUAAUUUGUUUUUUAAAAUUUGUAUACAACCCUUCAUCCACAGAUCUCAGGGCAGUUCACAACAUAAAAAUACAAUACAAAAGGGCAAAAUACAUGAUAAAAACAAGAACACCCCCCCAAACCAAUAACUCCCUCCCCACCACCACCAAUGGAGAAGGUAAUGGAGGUUGUUCAGUUGCCAUUACUCCUUCCAUUGAAUUGUCCCUUGAUAUCCUCCUUGCAUGCAUGAGAAUCAGGGGAACUUUUCUUGGCAAUCGUAUCACUGUGUUUCCCUUCUCUCUGCAGCCCUUGCUUGCCCUGCCAACAGCCAAUAUGAGCUGUGCACCAGGUCUUGUGACCUUACAUGUGCAGGCCUUUCUGCUCCCACCCUGUGCACCAAGAAAUGCUUUGAAGGCUGCCAGUGCAUUGCUGGCUUUGUGUCUGAUGGGGAAACCUGCAUGCCGAUGGAAAGGUGUGGCUGUGUGCAUGACGGGUACUACAUCAAGGUGUGUCCAAUAUAUUCCUCUUUCCUUUUUAUUUAAUAAAUUUAUUUAUUUGGUUUUUCAGAUAAAAACUUUACAGUCACAUGUCUCCGAUGGGCGGGUUCUUCCCUGGACUCCAACUCUCAGGGCCCGGACUCUCGGCCUUGCGCCCCUGAGAGCUUGGCGCCCGGGUGCCCUGCACCCCUGGCACCUAUGGUUAAGGCGGCCCUGUGUCCAACAUGAAAACAAGAUUCCAAGGAAUCUCUUGGCCUCCCCUCUUCCCCUUUGUGGGUCCUAUUGUUAAUCAUUUCCUCCUGCAUCUUUUAUAAUAAUAAAAAUGUUUAUCUCUCCAUUAAACUACAAGUGAUAUUCCAAUCCUACUAAUGAUUUUAACUGUUUAAAAUUUAAAUUUGACAAAAGCUAGAGCUGUUCAGAAAAUCUCUCUCUCUCAUCCCACUUUCGCAAAACCAUUUUCCCUUGAGAAAAUGUUUGGGAAAGGAGGGUUUUCAUCUGUUUUGGAAGGAGAGGAAGAAAUAUCAGGGCAUGUCAGAGGGUUGGCUUACCUUUGCUUGCUUUUAGACAAGUGGACCAAAGGCAUACCCUCCAAAACUUUGAAGCCCAAAUCUGGGAUGCCAUCUUCCCAGACACUGUCUUUCCAAUUUUUAUCUUUGGCAGCAAGGUGGCCAUUUUGGUUCUUUUCACUUUGAGGCAUUACCAAAUAGUGCUAGGCCAAAAAUAUCAGUCUAACUCUAGUCAACCUUAGAUGACCUUACCUUUUCCUAUCAGUUCAAAAGCUGCUAUUGAUUAGACCAGUGCAAAUAAUCAACUUGCAUGUCUGGGGAUCCCCCUGUAGGCUGAAGAAAGCAUCGUCUCCAAGGAUUGCUCUGAAAAAUGCACCUGCCAUGCCUCAGGCCGGCUCACCUGUGAAGAAUUCACCUGCAAGAAAGGAGAGGCAUGUGCCCUCAGGAACGGCGUGCAGGCCUGUGUGAAGCAGGAAGGCCAGUGUACCCUCACCUCAGGAGCCCAGCUCACCACCUUUGAUGGUGCCUCGGGGGAAAUACUCUACAGCGGUGCCUAUGAAGUGGCUUCUCUCUGCGACAUCCACGCCCGUUCCUGGUUCCGAGUGGUGGUGGAUGUCAAGGAGUGCAGUGAUGGGGAGGUGAUGGCUGGGGCUGCAGUCUAUGUCUUUUUCCGAGAUGCCUUCAUUGCCAUCAACAAGAACAAGGAGGCUUGGGUAAGAAGCCCUGACUUGAUCCUUCUGGUCAUGUGGGUUGGUGCCUCUGCCCACAAUCCGGUUUGGAGUUCUGACUCCCAACUCAAAGACUCGUGAGCUAAAUGACCUUGAUAUGUGCCAUGUUCUCUUCCUCUGUCUGUGUGCUCCAGGUGAAUGGACAGCCAGUGAAACUCCCAGUGACUGUCUCUGAAGUUGUGUCUGUGAGCUUCUCCCAGGAUGUGGUUGCUAUCAGCCAUGGGGCUGGUCUUCAGGUUCUCUAUGGACUCAGAGGGGAAGUGACAGUGAAGGUCAAAGACAGCCUGGCGGGCAAGCUUUGUGCAUCCUGCGGAAACUUCAAUGGUGACAGCUCUGAUGACCUGAUACUACCCAAUGGGAAGGUUGUGAUGAACAUCGCUGAGGUUAUUGAUUCUUGGAAAGCCAGAGACUUUAUUGGCUGGUGAGUCACUUCACAGUUGUUCCAGUGCUCUGUUUGUUUCCUAACCUAGACAUCUCCAGUUUGCUUGGAAAUGGCAGACCUCUCAUCUAAUUGAGAAAGAAUUUUGAAGGCGCAGCUCUUUCCUUUCAACCCCAACCCCCUUUUCGGGCACAACAGUAACCAUGAAAACUAAUAUUAACAUCCAGUUGAAAUGCCAUGUCUUCUUGUCCCAAAUCAUUCUUGGGAAUGGUAAUUUUGUGAGGGAGCUCAGAACUCUUUGUUAGAUUUCUGGAACUGGGAUUCCCACUGGGAAAUUGGCUAAUUAAUGAUGGCUGAAUAGAACUCAAAGCGCCUUUGAUGCAUUGAGCAGGCUUGCCCCUAGGACAGCCUUCCCUAACCUGGUGCCUCCCAGACAUUUUAAACUACAACUCCCAUCACCCCUAGCUAGCAUCGCCAAUAGUUAGAGAAUUUGAAAGUUGUAGUCCAACAAUCUCCAGAGCUUGGGGAAGGGCUGCCUUGGGAGCUUGAGAGGCAGAUUCCAAACACUGUCUUUGGCUGACCCACUCCUUGGACUAGCCAUCAAUGACUAGCCAAAUUAUGCUUGAAAUGGCUAAAACUAGAACAAAAAUGCUCUCUCAACCUGCAGUUUUCCAGGCACUGCCAUGUGAGCUUAACUGCACCUGGAAACAUUCACCCAGGUGUGUUCCUGGUUUUAGACUUGACUGUCAGAUCUUGGCUACUAAAGGCUAAACCACGUAUGACAUGGGAGAUCUACAAAUGGGUCUCCCACCAUUUUUAAAAUUGGGAUUUUGUUUGUUUUUUACUUUAAAGAAGCCUCUGUUUUUUUGACACACCCAUUUAUUUCCUAGUUGGGCCAAUCAUCUAUGCUGCUAUUAGGCCUGUGGUGAAAAAUAUAUAGGUGCGUUCAUGAUGUCUGCAGUGUGGGGCAUGCGUAGUGAUUUAGAUUUGGAUUAAACAGUUUAGGAAUAAAAAACUAAUUCCCCAUCCUCCCCAGUAGCAUUGCCCUAGUCAAAAAAAUAAAUAAAAAUUCAACCUUUUUUAUUAAAAAAAAAUAGGCUAGACAAAGGUAUUUCAUACUACCCGCUAUCUGAUCCUUGUAACUGAGGUUGCCAAGGAUUGAACGUGAGACCUUCUUGUAUGCAAAGCUAGGGCUCUGCCACUAAGCCAGGGGUGGGGAAUCGGUGACUAUCCAAAUGUUAUUGAACUCCAAUUCCCAUCAGCCCCAAAUAGCAUGGCUAAUGGCCAAGGAUAAUGGAAGGUGAUGUCCCUUAACAAUGGAAGAUUCACAGUUUCCAAACUAAACCAUGGUCGUUCUGUAUUGCCUGCUGAGUACCUCUGAUUUUUGGAUCACAAAGACCAGCUAACAGCACAAUCCUAGUCAUGUCUGCUCAGACGCAAGUCUCAAUGGGUCUUAAUUUCGGGUAAGUGGUUAAAGGACUACAGCCUAAUUCUUUUUUGUCUCUCUGUUGCAGUGAGCAAUAG